UACGAUGCCGCUGGUAUAAAAAAAUCAGAGUCCCGUCGACAUCAAGAAAUUGUUGUAUAUUUUUUAUUUAUAACAAACAUUCUCCAUAUAAAUUAUUAAACAUCAACUAAUUAUUGUCACAAAAUUAAUCAAAUCGAGUGGAAUGACAGAAGAAGAGAACGUAUUGUUCCUCCGAGCGAAUGGAGACACUGUCGAGGACAUUUGGGAUGACACUGCCCUGAUCAAGGCUUAUGACAAAGCUGUCAAUUUGGCGAAAGAGCAAGUUGCAAAACGCCUCAGCAUGGAAACAGAAGUUCCCCCUGGGAAAUCAAAUAAAUCACAGAAUUCCAGGCAGUCCAGUAAACAACAGAAUCACCAGAAAAAAUGGACUCUAGGUUCGCCAUGUCGUGCAGUUUAUUCAGCUGAUGGAAUUGAGUAUGAAGCCAUAAUCUCAAAAAUACUGGAUAAUGAUUGUCGCCACUGCACUGUCAAAUUCGUCGGAUAUGGAAAUACCGAAAGAGUUGAACUGUCGUCUCUUCGUGAGUCUAACGGUCUCGAGGCUCAAAUAGCUCAACAGAAAGAUUCGGAUGCUGUGAAAAAUUGUGAAAACUCGACUGAAGAACCACCGCCUGCAUCUCGUGGAAAUAUCAGAGAAAAUGAAGAGGCAAUGGAUUACGAAUCUGAUUUCCCUAAGCAGUCGAAAAAUUUCAUGCCCAGAUCAUCGUCAUUCUCAUUUGGAGGCAUCACACCACCAGCUCCUCCGUUACCUCCACACAUGAUGGCCAGACUCCCUACUAAUGAGGCUGAUGCACUCUCCAGCAUGCUGAUGUCUUGGUACAUCAGUGGAUUCCACACAGGUUAUUAUCACGGCUUGAAACAAGCCCAGAGUAAUUUGGAGCGACGAAAAAAAUGACAUGUAACGUAAUUUUAUUUUAUACUAAAAAAAAAACAAAACAAAAAAUUGAGAACGGUGA